AUGGCUACCAGUAACCCCGGAUUCGAGUGCGAUGAGCCGGCGGUGGUGACCCUCGAGCACUCGGCAGCGUCUUUCAGCGAGCGGAACCGGAAACCACCACCCGCGACGGUCGCGAGUACGUUGGUCAAAGCGAUCGAACGCAACUUUCAGACCGGGCCGUCGGAGAUGAAGUUGGUGACGAACAUUCCGAAGGUGCAGCGUGACAAGUGGGGAAAAGAUAUUGAGUUUCUGCUCUCGUGCAUUGCGCUCUCGGUUGGGCUGGGAAAUGUGUGGCGUUUUCCAUUCACGGCGCUGGAGAACGGUGGCGGUGCGUUCGUCAUCCCAUACUUGAUCGUGCUGCUGCUGGUUGGGCGGCCUAUCUACUAUCUGGAGAUGCUCAUCAGCCAAUUCUCGAGCCGGGGUUGCAUCAACGUGUACGAUGCUUCACCCGCGAUGCGCGGCAUCGGGGUCGGGCAGACCUAUUCAACGUUCAUCGUUAUGACUUACUACGCCUCGCUGAUGGCGAUCACAAUGCGUUACCUGAUCGCCUCGUUCGGGGAUCCGUUACCGUGGAGUGAGUGCAGUGAAAGCUGGAACGCAACCUGCAUCGAUUCGCGAUUGAUUACGAACCUGGCGGCCAACGCGACUUCGGCCGCCGUCACCUCGGCGGAGCUCUACUUUGUGAAGGAUGUGCUGCAUGAAGCGUCCACCAUUCACGGCGGCAUCGGUACUCCCGACUGGCGGCUAGUGCUUUGCCUGCUCGUGCCGUGGACUUGCAUCUGUCUGACGUUAAUCAAAGGGAUCAAAAGCUCCGGCAAGGUGGCGUACUUCUUGGCCAUUUUCCCGUACGUCGUGAUGCUGGUGCUGCUGGUACGCGUCUGCACGCUGGAGGGAGCGGCCGAUGGAAUGCUGUACUUCAUCAAGCCCCAGUGGGACCGCAUAUUCGAGGCGAAGGUGUGGUACGCAGCCGUGACGCAAGUGUUCUUCUCGCUCACGAUCUGCUUCGGGAACGUGAUGAUGUACUCGUCCUACAAUCGCUUCACGAACAAUGUCUACAGAGACGUUACGAUCGUGUCGGUGAUGGACACACUCACAUCGAUGCUGGCCGGGUUCAUAGUGUUUGGUGUGAUCGGUCAUUUGGCCCACGUGCUGGAUGCUCCCAAUAUCCAGCAGGUGGUGCGGGGCGGCGCCGGACUAGCCUUCAUCACGUACCCGGACGCGAUCGCCAAGUUCACGUUUUGGCCCCAGUUCUUCGCGGUCGCCUUCUUCCUCAUGCUGUUUGUGCUGGGCAUCGGAAGUAACGUCGGAAUGGCCACUACGAUUAUGACGGUCAUUCGGGAUCGUUUUCCGCACCUGCAACCGGCACUGGUAGCUGUGGGCAUCGCUCUUGUAGGAUUUGCGAUCGGCGUCAUCUACACCACACCCGGUGGCCAGUAUCUGCUCGAUUUCCUCGACUUUUACGGUGCCUCGUUCGUGGCCCUCGUGCUGGCCGUGUUCGAAAUGAUCACGUUCUCGUGGAUCUACGGCACAGCCCGGCUUUGUCGGGACAUCGAGUUUAUGCUCGGCAUCAAGACGGGUCUCUACUGGCGCAUCUGCUGGGGCUUCGUUACGCCCAGUAUGUUGACCGCCAUCCUGGUCUACCACAUUGCCACCUACGAGACGUUCAGCUUUAAUGGGUACAUCUAUCCGGAGGGGAUGUACGCGUUCGGUUGGUGUGUUUUUGCAGCCGGCGUUCUGCAGCUUCCGGCGUGGGCCGUUUACACCUUCCUCAAGCGCAAAGAGCCGGACUGGAAGGAUCGGUUCCUGCACUGCUUUCGGCCAACGCACGACUGGGGACCGGAAGAUCCGGAGCUGAACGCCAAGUACCACGAGUCCGUUUACAAGGACGAACAGUCACUGCCACGCGACAGGUCCAUCGCACGAAGGAUCUACGAUAAUGUGUUCAGUUAGACGCGCUAGGGCCGGAACCACCGGCAUCGGAACGAAAAGCUGCCCAGUCUAUGCCUUAGUCGAAUGUACGAAGCAAUAGCUUAGAUUCUCAUUUUUUCUACUCUAGCACAGUAAGACGCUAUAUCGGCUUGUUAUGUUACCGAGAUAAUUAAGAAUAGGAGGCGCGUAGCUGGCAGAAGUACGAUUCUUAUGCGGACAUUGCUUAAAAAGGGUUCGAUUGGUGGCGUAUUGUAGCAGAGAUGAAUCAGUUGA